AUGGAACCACCAAUAAAAAAAGCCACAACCUCAAUUUCAUCCGAACGAGAUAAUAUUGAUAAACUUACCAGAGAAAAUAAGACCUUAAAACAAAAAGUUGAUAUACUUGAAAAGGAAAAUAUGUUACUCAAAAAAUCUAUAUACGAUUUGACGGUGAAAUAUACAGCGGCAGCCGCAGCGCAUCAACAAAAGAUUAGUCCAUUUAUGAUUGAUUUUGAAGAGCCAUCACAAGAAUGUGAAAUUAACUUGGGAAAUUCAACAGAAAAUAAUACCCGUGAAAAUAUUCGAGAAGGGAGGACGUUUCAUCAAAAAUCAGAAUUUAAGGGUCAUGGUGGUGGUGUAUCUGCAAUACAAUUUUCUCCAUGUGGGAAGAUGCUUGCUUCUGGUUCCUUUGACAAAACAGUACGAAUAUGGGACGCCAUAUCUCUACAAAAAGAGCAAGCUUGCUUAAAAGGACACACACUCAAUGUUUCAGACGUGUGUUGGUCAAAUGAUUCUAGUGCCGUAUUGUCAGGGGCGUAUGAUCAAACAUGUAAAUUUUGGGACAUUGAGACAAGUAAAUAUACACAUACGUACGAGAGCGAAGGAUUUGUUCAAUGUGUAAUGUUUAACCCACAGGAUAACAAUAUCUUUGUAAGCGGGUCUUCUCGUAAAGUUUUGGCAAUCAUUGACAUUCGGAAACCUGAAAGUGCAUUGAGUUUUAAGGAUGAUGGGAUGAUAAAUUCUCUUUAUAUUUGCCGGAAUGGCCAAAAUAUUAUCACAGGUGAUUCGUUGGGUUAUGUGAAAACUUGGGAUAUUAGAGUUGGUUCUGCAUUUCAGUCAUUUUUAAACGAAGCAACAAAAAAACCCGUUUCUCAUAUUGCUAUAUCAAAGAAGUGUCUUGAUGGCGAAGAACCGCGAUAUAUGGCCACUAAUAGUUAUGAUAAUUUAAUAAGAAUUUAUGAUCGCGGAAUAGAGCCACUUAAAAUCCAACCGCAACUGAUACAUAUAUUAAAAGGAUACAAGAACAAGGGAUGGCCAAUUAGAAGCUCAUUUUUCCUUGGAAAAGAUUAUCAACAUUCUACCGCACAAAGAAUACAAACAAAAGAUAUCUACGAUGUACCGAAACAAAUUGAUUCUGUUGACAAUGUCUUCUAUGAAAGAGAUAAAUCAUUUGAAUCAAGUUUAUUAUUAGCUACGGGUAGUGCGGAUCCAUAUGCGUAUUUAUUUAACGUUGGUGGCCCACAGCAGAUAUUGUAUAGUAGAGUGGGCUAUAUAGUUGCUAGAUAUUGUGAAAGAAAUAAG